AGACGGAAACAACAGUGAGGUUAUCCUCUCGCCUCUCAGUUCGUCUCUGCAGCGUCAGUUGACGGACGGACCCUGCUGUUAGCUGUUAGCUGUUAGCUGUUAGCUGUUAGCUGAGUUCAGAGCAGCUGAACUUGAAUAACCUCCUAUCGACUCUACAAAGAGCUGCUUCCUCACGUUGACAGAAGAUGUUUUUCGCCAAAAAACUCAUCGGUGGCAUCAUUGAUGUUGUCAGCAACAUCGACCCAGCCCAGUUUGUGCCCUCUGACCCUCCUCCACCACGCCGGCCGCUUGCAUAUGCUGAGCAUCAUGAGAACGAUGAGGAGAAACAGUUCCGCAGAGUCUUCCAGCAGCUCGCUGGAGAGGACAUGGAAGUGAGCCCAACUGAGCUGAUGAACAUCCUAAACAAAAUCGUUGGAAAGCGUGGAGACCUGCAGACAGAUGGUUUCAGCAUUGAGUCUUGUAGGAGCAUGGUGGCAGUCAUGGAUAGUGACAGCACUGGGAAACUCGGCUUUCAUGAAUUCAAACACCUCUGGAACAAUAUAAAGAAAUGGCAGGGAGUGUACAAAUCCUAUGAUACAGAUGGCUCUGGUGUCAUCGGUGCACAUGAGCUGCCCGCCGCUUUCGGAGCUGCUGGCUUCCCCCUCAAUGACCAGCUGUUCAACAUGAUAAUUCGCCGAUACAGCGAUGAAAGUGGGAACAUGGAUUUUGACAACUACAUCGGCUGCCUCGUGAGGCUGGAUGCCAUGUGCCGUGCCUUCAAAACCCUGGAUAAGGAUAACAACGGGACGAUCAAAGUCGAUGUUAAGGAGUGGCUUCAGUUGACCAUGUACUCUUGAGUCUAGACGACGUCUCUCCUGCGUGUUACACCGACCCACUUUGUUUCUCUACACAGUACAUAAUAUUUUCUCAACCAUCCCUACAACUUCCUGUCAUUCGGCUCAUCCCUUGUGUGUGCAGGUUUCUUUCUGAAUGUUAAUGCAAAUGUUGUGGAUUGUUCACUGUUCCUUUAUACUUGCAAGACACAAUUUAUAUUGUAUUAGCAACCCAGAAAAGCACAAACCUGCACUCACAACGGUAUCCAUAGCUGGGGAUCAAAACAUGAUUCAGGUGCAUAAAGAUGAUAGUAUGCUGAAUUGGUGUCAUUUGGACAGCUUGUUUGGCAUUUGCUUUUGAUCUUCCUCAUGCCUGAGAGGAGGCAGGCAAACAUCAGGCUGUUAUACACAGUGAAAUUUGUAAAAAACCUAAUGUGAAAGCAGGAAGCUCCCGUUGACAUGUGGCUGGUUUCACAAUGAUGCAUGCUGACGUUGGACAAAAAUAAAGACUUUGCACCUUCUGACUUUGCACCUUCUGACUUUGUCACCUGCUGGCAAAAUCAGGAAAGCCUACCUCACUCGUCCCAGUAAAAAGUCUUCCACAAGGCACACAUUUUCUGCUGGAGUCGACAGAGGUUAGCCGUGUGAAGCUGUAGCUUCGUUCACCACCCACAUAGCUGUUUCCACCUAGUAUAUCCUUCUCAGCAUUAUGCAGGCAUGUAUAGGUGAUUGAUGGACAUCUCCAUGUAUCUGCUGUUAUUUUUGUUACACCUCUCGCAUUCAUAUUAGUACAUGGAGCUUAGUGACCUCACGACUCACCUGACUUUAACCUGAGCAGAGGACUUCCCAGCACAAAGCAUAUUUUAAGGUGUUAUGGCUGAGUAAACCUCUGAACAGGUUGAACAUGGGGGGAAUUAUAAUUACUUGAGCUCACCAAAUCCCAUUUACUCAUAAGAAUCACAAGGGUGUGAGUCGUCCCACCCUAACAAGUGCAACAGUAGUGUUGGAGAAAUGGCUUUGAGUCAGUCUGUACACACCUAGUCAGCACAGAGAAGAGGUCUUAUUUGGGUAAAAUAAGUCAACGGGUAAGUGUGGACCACGCCUUUUCAGAGACUUUCAGAUAGACAAAAGCUAGACAGCUUUGUAAAGGUAUGUUUGCUCUAACAGUCCCGUUCAUUAUCCUUGUGAAACCAGCCCCAAGCCCACUGACUGGAGAUUCUUGUUCAUGAAAACAACAAUGUGGGAGAGCUCACCAUUUAGUUUAAAGUUUACAGAAAGUCAGGUAGAUGUGUGACUUAUGAUACACUUGCACCGCAGCCUUUAUUUUGCAUCAGAGUUGCACUGUACUGUAUAUGCAUACAGUACGUGAUGUACAUUAACAUCCCAAGACACAAUGUUCUGUUUGGGCAGGCUAGUAUUUCUCCAUUUUAACAUUCAGUGCUGGUAAUGCAACUUAGCCAUAACACUCCUCUGUACUUC